UCUUUUCACUCUUUUUUUCAUCAUCCUCCAUGUAUUCGCCAUUAUCCAAGGAGAAAGAGUGAAUACACAAAUAAGUUGACAGGAGGCAAAAAAGUUGAUCAUGGUUAUCCAAAAUAGAGAGAAUUCUUCUAACUUUAACUCUUUGUUUGGUUGAAUGUCUUCAAUGUGUAUAUAAACAUUUUAUAUUCAAUUUUUUGGAUACUUUUUGGAUUCCUCUAUACUGUUGUUGCAUAUUGUUUCCUUGAAUAACACACCAAACAAUAUUUUUACUCUUGCGUGUUUUCUGGUCAGUAGUAAUUUGGAUCCAUAACUUGAUUGUGUGUGAAUAGAGAGUUUCUUUUCGGUGUAGUUUCCAUUAACCUCCACGGAACCGGUUCAAAUAGUGGAUUUAAAUGUGAUCAAUGGUGAUUGAAAGAUGAGAUUUGAACCCUCAUCAUUGGACACUAUUAAGCAAACCAGAGCCAUUGAAAACGGGAAUGGAAAUCUUAUCCUUGGAUUGAGCAUUGGAACUUCAGUUUUCAUUGUCCUUUCAGCAGCUCUGGUAUGCUUAAUUUACCGUCGACGAACCAACAACAACUCAGACCAUCACACAACAUUGCUUCUCCGUAAAGCGUCUAAUGGCGAGAGACCGUUAAGUUUAAGAAGAUCUACAGCCGUUAAAAGUCCUGGAGGAUCGGCCACAGGGCCAACAUUAAAGAAAAGUCCAAGUCCAACCGGAUCCAAAAGUCCUCCAAGCAGAGAACAAGAGGAACGACUUGGUGAACGAAAAUCUCUGAUUGAUAACAAGCUUUCCAAAGAUUCAUCAUCAGAUAGACUUAAAAAGUUAUCCAAUUCCAUAAUUGAAAAACCAGUUGCCAUCGAGACUAUAAGUGAGUCCAAGAACAUCAAAGAAUUAAAUUAUCAUCAUAAUCAAAAUCUAAAUCAGCAAAAUGAAUACCAGAACUCAAUUGUGGAAUCAAAAGGAUCCAUUGAAAGUAACAACAACAAUAUCGUCAGUGAUGGUGAAGAGAUGAAAAAAUUGGGUAAACUUCAUUUCAAGUUAAAAUACAAUUACGAGAAGCAAGCUCUUUGCAUUGUAAUUGGUAAAGCAACUGGUUUACCUUGCCAUGACUCCAGUCAUGGUGAUCUUGAUCCAUAUGUUAAAUUACAAUUAUUACCAGACAAGCAACACAAGGUGAAAACUCGGGUUCUCAAGAAGACCAAUAACCCAAUUUACGAUGAAGAGUUCAUAUUUUACGAGAUAACACCAGACAUAUUAGCGAAAACCUGCUUACACUUUGUUGUCCUCAGUUUUGACCGUUAUUCAAGGGACGAUGUAAUCGGUGAAGUGUUUUACCAAUUGGCUCAUCUUCACUUCGAUACACUUGAAAAGCAGAUAUCACUUGUUGAAGACAUUUGUCCAAGGUCUAUGAAGAUUCGGUCUCAAGGAAGAGGUGAAAUCCUUGUCUCUUUAUGUUACCAACCGGCAGCGAAUCGGUUAACCGUUGUUGUACUCAAAGCUCGCAAUUUGCCUAAAAUAGACAUCAACCGAUUGUGUGAUCCAUUUGUUAAAAUUUACCUUCUCUUCAAUGGACAAAGGAUAGCCAAGAAAAAGACUCAUGUGAAAAAGCACACAACCGAUCCCGUUUUCAAUGAAAGCUUUGUCUUUGAUGUACCAUCGACUGAAAAUUUGGAAUAUUUGAGUCUCGAGUUUCUAGUUCUUGAUUAUGAUCGUGAAACGAAAAAUGAAGUAAUUGGUAAACUUGAGAUAGGAUCCAAUUCGGGACCAACUGCUCAGCGUCAUUGGCAAGAAGUUGGUGCCUCACCAAGAAGACAAAUUGCUGAAUGGCACAAUCUUCGAGAAUAAUGAAUUGGUCUGAUUAAAACGAACUAAUUUGAUGGAGAAUCAGGCAAAUCACAAUGGAAGCAACAAAUCAUCAUUAAAUAUUUCACCCCCGUAGAAACAUAAUCACAUAAACAUAGCCAAUUCAUCAGCCGUUAACACUAAUAAUCACCACCUUGAAUAUGUUCAGUUGAUUCCAUAAUUGUUAUCUAUGGUGGACAAGCUAAAAGUACUUUAGAUGUGAUUGUAAUUUGAAAAAGAUCCUCAUUUAAAGGGUUUAUCUUUGCCAUUACAAGUCAUUAAAUUGUAUAAAUUAAUUGAUCUCCUUUUUUCCAAUAUUCAAUGCAACAAUUUGAUCAGUCAAUUUACACUGUUGUUUAUUAGAUGGUUGACAAAUUGUCCAAUAGUUUGGUGGCAAAAUUGAGAAACGAUCCGUAAUCUAGAAUCCAAAUUGUUCAGAAUGAUUUAUGAAAUUGAUGCAGAUUACAGUGAUGUGAAUUGUCAUGCAAUUAUAUCCAGAAAAAAUAACGCAAAAUCAAAAUUAAUAUCAUUGUUUUUAUUUUACCGAACGAUUUGGUUUGUCACAAGUUCAUACCAUUUAACAAAAAAAAUCAUUGCGUUUAAUUUAAAUGUAUCAUGUGCUUGUAAAAUCUAAUUUAUAUUGUGCCCUCAACAUAUAAUUGAUACCAAUAUAUUGAUAGUUAAUUUAAUUUUUUCUUGCUUUCUUUCUACCACCAAAAAUAUUUACAAUUUGUCUUAUUUUUCUUGUCCAUUGAUUCCCUUGAUUCUUUCAUUGCCUACUUCAAAUCGCCUCAAUCUCUUAUACAAAAUAAAAGCCACGAAAACGAAA